AUGGAUCCCGCGCCGGCGACCCCUCGCUGGAACCUGGAGCGCCCCUACCUCACCGGACGCUUCCACCAGGAGGCGAAGGUGUACGCGGCGUCGCAGGCGCCCGGAUCCAAGCCUUUCUCUCUCGACUCCUUCAGCCGCGGUGCUGGCGGCGGCGCUGGGAGUGUCCUCGGAUCGUACGCUGUUUCUGUGCAGGAGCUUUUAGUUAUUGAUGAUUUGCUAUCAGCUCUGGUGGGUAUUGAGGGAAGAUACAUUUCGAUUAAGAGAGUACGCGGAAAGGAGGGAUAUGUUGUCUUCCAGAUUGAUUCUUCAAUGGACCUUGCACUCCAGGAGUUGACUCGCCGAAUUUUCCCCUUAUGUGAAGAUUUUGUGCUAGCAAGCCAGUUUGUGGAGUCCAGGUCUCAUUUCAAAAAUGGUUUGGUCAACCAUGCUCUAGCGGCUGCUCUAAGGGCAUUCCUCCUGGAUUAUCAGGCAAUGGUUGCUCAACUGGAGCAUCAAUUCCGUCUUGGAAGGCUCUCUGUUCAAGGAUUAUGGUUCUUUUGUCAGCGGAUGAUGAGUUCAUUGAAUGCACUGGCUGUUCUAAUAGAGAAGGCAAUGUCCAAUAAUACCAGUGGUUCGGCGACACUUAAUCUACUUCAUAGUCAGGCAAAGGCGAUGGCUGGCGAUAGUGCUGUUCGGUCAUUACUGGAGAAGAUGACCGAUUGUGCAAGUGCAGCAUACCUCAGGAUGUUGGAAAGAUGGGUGUAUGAGGGUGUCAUAGAUGACCCUUAUGGUGAAUUCUUCAUUGCUGAAAACAAAUCUCUGCAGAAGGAGAGUCUGACUCAAGAUUAUGAUGCCAAAUAUUGGCAGCAACGGUACAGCCUAAAAGAUGGCAUCCCUAGUUUUCUCAAUAAUGUUGCUGCCACCAUUCUGACAACAGGAAAGUAUCUUAAUGUUAUGAGAGAAUGUGGGCACAAUGUUCAGGUUUCCCUGUCAGAAAACUCUAAGCUGACGAGCUUUGGUUCAAACCACCAAUAUCUUGAGUGCAUCAAAUCUGCUUAUGAUUUUGCAAGUGGUGAGCUCUUGACUCUAAUGAAGGAUAAGUAUGAUCUCAUUGGGAAACUGCGAUCAUUGAAGCGCUAUCUACUUCUUGACCAAGGUGAUUUUUUGGUUCAUUUUAUGGAUAUUGCCCGAGAGGAGCUUACAAAGAAACCAGAAGAUAUAUCCGUUGAAAAACUUCAGUCUCUUGUUGACAUCGCGUUGCGAAGUACAGCAGCUGCUUCCGAUCCAAGUCAUGAAGAUUUGACUUGUUGCGUUGAAAGAAGUUCCCUGCUUAAAAAGCUGACAACCCUGAAAGACUUGGACUGUGCUUACUCUUCAGACAAGCUUGCUGCAGCUGAUGUUGAUCAGCCCAUGACAUUAAACAUAACUGGCUUGGAAACGUUCUGCCUUGGCUACAAGGGGUUCCGGUCUGUCAAGAUUCUAGGAACACCAAUUCUACGGUCAUCGAUUCUUUGUCGCAGCAUGCUCAAGUUUGUAAACAGCCUUCUACAUUAUCUAACUUUUGAGGUCAUCCAGAUACACGAUUUCUUCCUCCAGAAGUGUCUAAAGGAAUGCUUGCUGUUGUUGCCUGAGCUCCUCAUGAAAGUUGAGAAGCUGAAAGCAUUAUGUCUCCAAUACGCGACUUCCAUCCAGCUCUUGAUACCGUCCAUCGAGGUCGCUGCUCCUGAGAGCAAAUCGAAAUCUGGGUCGUCGAGAGCAAGAGCCAAGAGAUCACAGGACAGAGACGAGCAACUGAAACUAGCAUCCGAGAACGUCGUGAUGUCGCAGUCAAUCCUGAAAUUCGAGUCGGAGUUCAACGCGGAGCUCCAGAGCCUCGCUCCUACGCUGAGCAAGAGCUCACAGGCCGAACCGUACCUGACCCAUCUCGCGCAGUGCAUUCUCGGCGUCGGAAUCGACCAGCUCUGUGCCUCAGGGACUGGCUCGUGUUGUUUGAGACGAGUCGCCGAUGUAGUAAGCCUGCAGCUUCAAGAGCCUGGCUACGACUCAGAGGGGCUCGUGAACUUCUCAAUUUCAGCUUGCGGCACAAAUGACCCUGAGCGUACCAAGGAGAUGGAGAAGCAGUUUGUUGAUCUCCUCAACGAGGAACUCAAGUUGCAGCAGGUUGUAGCUGAGGAGCACAUCCAUCACAUGAAUGCCACACUUGUCGAAGCAAAAAGACAGGCUACCCUGUACCAGCGAGAGGCGGAGAAGUGUAACGCGGCCACAGAGACUUGUGAGGAAGCCAGGGAGAAGUCUGAGGGGGCAAUCUCAAAGGAGAGGAAACUGACAGCACUGUGGGAACGCCGAGCUCGCGAAUCGGGUUGGCAGGAUUCUCGAGCCGCGACCGCCGCACGAUAG